ACAAAAUGAAAUCAUUUUACGUACAAUUUUCUCACCAUUCCAACGCACUGUGCACGGCCCAAAUGUGUGUGGAAAAAGUCGUCGCAUAUGGGACGUUUUUAUUUUAUUUUUUUUCUGUGCAGCUCCGAGCGAGCAUUGGUUUGGCGUCCGCUCAGUUCUCGAGAAGCCGUCGGUUGUAUCGGAUCGGUGUGUUGUGUGUGCUAUUAGCUACUGUGUGUGCCAGCUACUGUGUGCCGUGGAGUUAUGAGAGGCAACACAACGCACUACGGCUUAUGCGUUUUGUGCCGCUUGAUAUUUUAGUAAAUGCUGAAAUAAAAUGCUGCUCCAAAAGUGUCACCAAGAAUAUUGAAAAAAAAACAACCAGAGUUAUUUGUCAGCCAUAAAGUGCACCCAACACGUUCCUAGCUGGGAACACUAUUCAACGAACGACAAUUAUUGACAAUAAAUUGUGCGAGCAUGAAAGUAAUGUGCUAUAUUUUUGAAUUCCUGACAGUUGUACAGCUGCUGGUUGAAACUCAGUGUGGUCACGUCCAAGAGGCGAAAAGGUCCAUAAAUGCCGAGAUACGAGAGGCAGUGGGCCACGAGCAUCAUCGAUCGUAUCAUGGCUCCCACUGGAUCGAUGGCAAGCGUGUGCACCGGAUGCGUAUGCCGCACCAUCAGCGCUGGAGUGGCCGGCGACGUUCGAUCAGUCAUCACCAUCAGCCCUUCAGCCACUGGACACAGUGGACGCCCUGCGAUUCGGAGUGCGUGAAGCGUAGGGAACGAUACUGCAAGGCGAAGCGACGUUGUGGCCACACCAAGCACAUGGAACAGAGCAAGUGUCGACGCUGCCAUCCUGCACCGGCCAUGAAGCUAAAGGAAUGGCAUCAACCAGUGCAGGAAUGGCAUCAGCCAGUGAGUAGGGAACCAGCGGUGCACGUCCAACAACAGCAGCAGCAGCAGCACAGCCAGCCAUCGAUCAUCAUCAAUGCAGCAGCAGCGGCAUCAAGUGGUCCCACUGCACCACCCAUUAGCUAUUGGCCCAGUCCUGCGCCUACUCGAGCAGCGCCACCUAUCAGCUACUGGCCCAGUCCUGCGCCUACUCCAGCAGCGCCACCUAUCAGCUACUGGCCAAGUCCUGCCCCUACUCCAGGAGCGCCACCUACCAGCUAUUGGCCAAGUCCACCACACGAUUCUGUGGAGGUCGUGCACCGGCGGCCAACGCAUCGUCCCAAAGUGGUGUACAGCGAGGAGGAAGAGGAACAGGAGGCACCGGAAGCCGAUGAUGAUUCGGGCGAGCGUGAAGACUUCUUUGUGCUCAAACACAACCGUCACAGGCGACGACAGCGGCCCAGAAAUCGUCCUCAGAGAAAGCGCAAGCCGAGCUACUCCUACGAAGAGGAUGAUUUUGAUGACUAUUUGGGGGCAAAGUCGCUGCGGCCAAGGAGCAUGAUGGUGGAUAGCAGCAGCGGCGGCAGCCUGGAGGGUGACAUUUUCCAGUAUGAGGACUUUGACAUCGAACAGGAGAACCUCGAGAUGGAGUCCGAGGAGUACUUGGACUUUCGCAACGACAGCUGGCCGCAGACGCCAAAGGAACGCUACACGCCCGAGGGGCUCAUACCACGCCGUCGACGCAUCUACUCCAAGUGGAGUCGCUGGAGCAGAUGCACACCAAAAUGCACCACGCGGCGGUUCAAAAAGUGUCGCAUCAAUGAGCAGUGUGGCCGCGAGGUGCUCCGUGAGAUUGCCUACUGCUACACGGAGGGCAGCUUCUGCCAGCAGUGGCUGCAGACACAAUUCCAGAAAACGCCCGCCUAUGAGACGCGUCCUGGCAGCGUCGCCUCAGCUCCUGCCAUGCAGCGACGGCAGUCGGACUCUGCCAUGAAUCGCCUGACCAACAACGAGGUAAUCAUGACCAGCAAGGGCUAUCGCGGGCCAGAGUACACGCCCAUCAAGCUUCACUGUGGCAUUGCGCGCAGCGGCAGCGGUCGCCGCAACAUGAACAACAUGCUGAAGAUCAUUGGUGGCAAGGCGGCGCGCAAGGGCGAGUGGCCGUGGCAGGUGGCCAUACUCAAUCGCUUCAAGGAGGCAUUUUGUGGCGGCACGCUCGUGGCGCCCAGUUGGGUGCUCACCGCUGCACACUGUGUGAGGAAGGUGCUCUAUGUGCGGCUAGGUGAGCACAAUCUGGACUAUGAGGAUGGUUCGGAGGUGCAGCUGCGCGUGCUCAAGAGCUUCAAACAUCCAAACUUUGACCGGCGCACGGUGGACAGCGAUGUGGCGCUGCUAAGGCUACCCAAGCCCGCCAAUGCCACCACCUGGAUCGGCUACUCCUGCCUGCCGCGACCCUUUCAGCCGCUGCCCAAGAAUGUCGACUGCACGGUCAUCGGUUGGGGCAAGCGACGCAAUCACGAUGCAGCGGGCACCAGUGUGCUGCACAAGGCAAAUGUGCCUAUAAUACCCAUGGAUAACUGUCGCAACGUUUAUCACGAUUACACCAUCACAAAGAACAUGUUUUGCGCUGGCCAUCGCCGUGGACUUAUUGACACUUGUGCUGGGGACUCGGGCGGACCGCUGCUGUGCCGUGACACCACCAAGCCCAAUCAGCCGUGGACCAUCUUUGGCAUUACUUCCUUUGGCGAUGGCUGUGCCAAGCGCAAUAAGUUCGGUAUUUAUGCCAGGGUGCCCAACUAUGUGGACUGGGUGUGGUCCGUGGUUAAUUGCAAUGGCAAUUGCAAGAUGCAGUAGCUGAUUGAUUGAUUGAUGCUGGGACUCGAGUCCGUUCUGUUGCAGAGGCUGUGAAAAGAUAAAAUGUAUACUUUAAGUGUCCUAGAAGUUCCCCAAGCUGAAUUUUCUAACAAGGUGGCAACCACAGCGCACAACUGCAGUGGGGAGUACCAAUAGCAUAUUCACCACGCGCAGAAAGACAAGCGCUAGAAAGGGAUAGAGCUAGAGAUUGCCCUGUGGAGAUGUCGCCUUGUAAGUAAAUUCAUCUUGAGUGUCCGUAUUUAAGUUUAAAUAAUUAACAUAUGCAAUUGAUGUUGCGACUCCAAUUCUCAUGCUGUCUGCUCUCCUAUUCUUAUGUAAAUAAAUGUUUUUCGCUCGCUUCCAACUUUAUGUUAUAUGUUAAAAAGUUAUUUAUAGACCCCGCCCGUAAGCUAACUUUAGUUAUAAACUAAACUAAGAACAUGCAGAAAUCUGAGAUUCACUUGUGUACUUAAAUCACACCAUCAAUGAAUGUUUCUUGUACAUUCAAGUUUAGAAAUCAAUGUGUAAAUAAUGCCAGCAAAUGAGUUUUUAACCCGUCUAAUAAGUAUUUUAAUUAACAAUUAAGUGGCGUAUGGAAUGGGCAGAAACCUGUUUAAUUUCGAGCUAAUAAACAAUCAAAUUACGCAGAUUUAUGGCCAUAGAAUACCCUAUCAAGGUUACGCCUAAAACAGAUCAAAACAGAAGUCCAACUGGUUCUAACAUUUCCUUAGAUGAGAUUUAAAGCAGUUCGGGCUAUACCAAAGAUCAAGUGAAAUGUUUUAUGUACAUUACGCAUUAGUUUAUAAUUUAUUGGUGUUAAAUGCCGCACACACUUUUUGUUUGUUUUUUUCUCACACAAUAAAACUAUUUAACGUGACCUCUC